AUGACCGCCGGCGCCCGUGUCCACAGGACGUGCCGAGUACCGCUCCCGUCGCCGAACACGUGCCGCCGCCGCCGCCGCCGUUGCUAUCAGUGCGAUCGUUGUUGUUAACACACACGCGUGCGACCGCCGCCGACUAUCAUUUCGUACAACGUUUUUAUUUCGUUUCGUAAUACAAUAUUCGAUUAUAUAGAUAUAUAUAUAUAUAUUAUUAUUGAUUAUAAAAAAAAAAAAAUAAAAAAAAAUUUAGUAAAAUAACGUCGUUAUCACCGUGUCAUCUGUUGUACAAAAUUUAAUAUAAUUUUUUGUGAUUAUUUUCAUUAAUGUAAUUUUGUACGAGAAAUUACGACAUCGACACGCAGAAGAGGUUCAUAUACGCCAAACACACGCACACACACACACCCACUCAUAUACAUACACACACACACACACACACAAACAUAAUUGUAUAAUAUUUUUACACGACUUUGCGGACGACCGGACAUUGGCGGUAUCCUUCGUCUUCACGCUCUGCCGGACAUAAUAUAAUAUAUUAUAAUAACAUUAAUAUUAUUAUUUUAACGGCGAAAUAAUAAUAUUAUAAUUGUUAUCGGUAUUAACAAAAAAGUCGUCGUCGCCACCGCGGGCGCGUGCAGUGCGUUUGCGACACAGUGCGUCGUGUGUGAAUAAUAUAAUCUUUACGUACUAUAUUUAGACGGGGAAUUAUUGUUGGACGGACACAUCGUGUAUUUUAAUAAUUACGAUCCCGCGGAUCGUUUGUGCGGAUAAUAAAUCGCAACCGAGUGCGUCAGAUUUUACGCGGCUUCGUCCAUCCGACCAGUCCGACACAUCCGACGUACGAUCGUCAGUCUUGGCGAUUAACCAGAGAGCACCGACGACCACGCUUAUACCAUCCCAGAUUGUGGUGUACGCGGGGUAUGUCAAGGCAGUGGUGCGAAUACAUUGGUGAUGAUUGAUAACCAGAAAUGCCGUCACCGAUACCAGUACAAUCGUCCUCGCCAACAGGUGGAGGCCUAGUGGACCGUGCCGCCGGAUGGACAACAGACACACCGCCCGAAACAAACAGCGCAGCGAUUAGCAGCAACGCCGCCACCGCCGCAGCAGUUGUCGUGGCUGACAUGAGUCCAGAAGAAGAGCAGUCAAGCUCGCCGGUGACGGGCGUGAUCGCCGGCCGGGACGACGAGGAGCGCCGGCUGACCUCGCCACCGUCGGGUAGUAAAUUCGACUCGGUGGCCAGCAAACCGGACGCCGAGUCCGAGUCGUGGGCGAACAGCAGCGACGUGGAAAAGUUCGAUGGCAAGAUCGUGUACAACCCGGACGGGUCGGCGUACAUAAUUGAGGAUAACAGUGAGCUGAGCGAAGAUGAUGGCGUCGACCUUCCGUCCGAGCUCCUCGGAUCCGGAAGUAUCGUGGACGGCCGAGGCGUGAACUUGUCGCAAGCCGAGGUAUUCCCACAGAUCGCUAACGCGUUCUACGUGUCCCGGGCCAACUACGGGGACCUGUAUGAGCAGCAACAACAGCAGCAGACUAACAGUGCACCCGCCGCCGCGGCCCUUAACAGGGUGUUCCAAGACAAAAAGAUAGUUCCUGAAGUGCCGGUGAUGCACAGCUACAGGGUGUAUACUGUCCGUGAUAAGGCGGGCGCGUCAGAUAACCGAACGCCGCCGUUGUCCAAUGACUGUUCGACGGUACCUGUCAAGCCGAUACUCAUGUGCUUCAUAUGCAAACUGUCGUUUGGGUACGCAAAGUCUUUCGUAGCACACGCCACCGGUGAACAUGGUGUCACGCUUCAGGAGGAUGAGUACAACAUACUUGGUCACAAGAACGCGUCAGCCAUCGUGCAAUGCGUGGGCAAAGAAAAAGAGCCGUUGGUAUCGUUCCUCGAGCCUUUGGCCCUGCCCGCAAACAAAGCUCAUACUCGGACCGCGUCCCCGUCCCAGUCGUCGUCGUCGUCGUCGCCGAACGCCGCUCACAAAGUUCCUAAUGCGUUUAUUAAUGACGGUAAUCGUUCCUCCUCCUCCGACGGCGGUGGCGGCAGCGGUGGCGACCAGAAAGGUUGCCCGGAAAGCCUGGUGGUGCACAGGCGCAACUCCACGCCGCCCACCUCUUCUCCGAGCGUCAAUACAGUUCCUGAGACGUCCGUCUCCCUACCUCAAUCUGGUAGUCCUAGAAGUAAUGUUAACUCGUUUAGUAUAAGUAAAAACAAUAAUUGUAGUAAUAAAGCCGCCGCCUCUGCAACUGGCAGUAGGUCCAAUAUGUACGAUUGUAUCAUGGACCUGACCAGGAAGAGUCCAAUAUCUGCGUUGGCCGUAUCGUCAGGCACGUCAGCCCGGAGCAACAGCGCAUCGCCGGGUGCUAGCCCGUCGCCGGGCACCACACUCAGCCCGCAACUCAUAUCGGGAAAUGCCCCGUUAUCGUAUCCACAACCACCGCCCAACUUCAUGACCGGCACUACGAUUGGUGUGUGUCCAGAUCACAUGAACGGUAGGCCAAGUGGAGUGGACUGUGCCAGAUGUGAGCUCAUUUUAAGUUCCUCGAGACUAGGUGGCGUUGGUGGGUCGCUAGUCGGUAUGCACUCUAGAAAUUCGUGUAAAACGCUUAAAUGCCCUAAAUGCAAUUGGCACUACAAAUACCAAGAGACACUAGAAAUACACAUGAAAGAAAAACACCCCGAAUCCGAGACGUCGUGCGUGUAUUGUAUUGCCGGUCAACCGCAUCCGCGGUUGGCUAGGGGUGAGACGUACACGUGUGGUUACAAACCGUAUCGUUGCGAAGUGUGCAACUACUCGACGACUACUAAAGGCAACCUAAGCAUACACAUGCAAUCCGACAAACAUUUAAACAACAUGCAAGAGUUACAAAACGGUGGUGUUGCCGGAAAUGAAAUGCAAAGGCACCAGGCUUCGUCGCCGUCUCAGCACCCAAAACAGUCUUCAGCCAUGAGCCCGGGGUCGACGAGCAGCCAACAUCCAGCCAUGAACAGCCCAAUGAUUAAUCAGAAGCCCAAACCUACGUUUAGGUGCGAGGUGUGCAACUAUGAGACUAACGUAGCCCGAAACCUUCGCAUACACAUGACCAGCGAGAAGCAUACACACAACAUCAUGGUUUUGCAGCAAAGCGUCAAACAUAUGCAGACACUCAACGCUCUACAGACGCAUCACCAACAGCAGAUGAACUUCGAGUCGCUAAUGCACUUUCAUCCGGGGCUCACGCUACCCGGAGACAAGCCACCGCCGCACACCGAAGCAGCACUCGCCGACAUGGCUUAUAACCAGGCGUUACUCAUACAAAUGAUGACCGGUGGACAAAUGCCGCCACAUUUCGCGGGUGACGUGUCUCCUCACGUCGACACCGACAUCGGACUGAACCCAGAGACCAUGGAACCACCGCCCGAGCCGGUGGACAAAAAUCCAAACUUCAUGUUCCAGUGCAGUACGUGUAGCACUUUCGUCACGGACUCGUUGGAGACGCUAUCGCAUCACUUGUCCACCGACCGGACCAAAGUACGCGAACAAGAAAUACUCACUGUGGUGGCUGGAAACUACAUAUGCAACCUAUGCACGUACAAGACAAACCUGAAGGCAAACUUUCAGCUACAUUGCAAGACCGACAAACAUUUACAGAGGCUGCAGCACGUCAACCAUGUGAAAGAAGGCGGGCCGCAGAACGAGUGGAAGCUCAAGUACAUGUCGUCGCCCGGUGGCGUCCAAGUGAGGUGCAAUGCGUGCGAUUACUAUACAAACAGCACGCACAAGCUACAACUUCACUGUUCCGGACAAAGGCACGAGGCCGCCUCGCUGUUGUUCCGGUAUCUGCGGGACAACGACGCCGGUGAAGCUUCUGUCUAUCAUUGUUUGCUGUGCGAGUUCUCUAGCAAAGAUAAAUUACCACUAUUGCAACACGUCAGGACCGUGAAACACAUGCAAAUGGAGCAGCUGCACCAAAUGCAAAGGCGGUCCGAUGGCAAAGACAUACAAACUGACAUUAACAUGGUGUUCCAAGUGACCAGUGCUCCGCAAACGUCUAUGUCUGUAGAUAGCGACCAAGAACAAGAUCGCGAAAACAAAGGAGACAACGAAAGUCCUAAUAUGUCUAUGGACGCAAUGAAAGCAGAAAGUUCCGAACAGUUCGAAUUGGACUCUAAUCUCAACUCACCAAAAAUUACCGAAGGUCAAGAACAACUGACUCCAACCGACCAAAAGAAAAAUGAAUUGUACUGUCCACUUUGUCAAGAUGUUUUCGAAGAUUUAAUUAAUUUUGAAAAACAUUUAAUGAAUAUUCAUAGUGUAAACUCCGAAGGUCUCCAACGGUUGCUGAGCUUAGUCAACCAAUCACAUUGGUUGAACUCAUCAAAAUCUUCACAGCAGAGUCCUCCUCAUACUUCAACUAGUCCACCGUCGCCCGACUUAGACAAAUCAAUUGAAAAAUCUGACGAAAUACAAGAUCAAGAUACUGACGAAAAUAAAUGUCCAACAUGUCAAAAAGUGUGCAAAAAUAUUGAUGAUUUAUGUCAACAUCAAAACGAUACCGGCCAUGUCGAAAUUAAACAGACGCCAAACGGACCGGGAUACCUGUGCUGGAAAAAAGGUUGCAACCUGUAUUUUACUACAGUGCAAAAUUUACAUAUUCAUUUCCGUGAAGUGCACGCUGGACAACAAAACAUUCUUGUGUCCGAAAAACAUGUUUACAAAUACAGAUGCAAUCAGUGUAGUUUAGCGUUCAAAACACUUGACAAAUUGCAAGCGCAUUCUCAGUAUCACGCCAUAAGAGAUCUGACGAAGUGCAUAUUGUGCAGACGUAGUUUCAGGACUGUUGCUACUUUUCAAAAACACUUACAAACCGCCCAUCCAGAUCUAGCGCAAGCUGAUCUUGAAGCGUUGAAGCAAAACUCCAUGCUCCAGUUCGAACAGUCGGCAGACGAAAAAAUGGAAAUCGACGAGUCCGUCGACGACGAAGAAGAAAAGGACGAAGAACCUGAAUGUGACAACAGUGACGAUUCGAUCGCGUUUAAGCAACAGCAGUUGAUUGAAGAUUACAUGAACGGACAGACACUAGCUGAAGACGGGUACAAUGAUUCAGAAAGAAAGUACAAGUGUCACAGGUGUAAAGUGGCAUUCACCAAUCAGAAGUACCUAACGCAUCACAACAAAACGCUUUUGCAUCGCAAGGGUGAAAAACAGACUUAUCCUAUGGAAAAAUAUCUCGACCCCAACCGGCCGUUUAAGUGUGAGGUGUGCAAAGAGUCGUUCACACAGAAAAAUAUACUUUUAGUGCACUAUAACUCUGUUCUUCAUUUACACAAGCUGAAGCGAUCCAUGCAAGAGCAACAGCAACAAUUAAACAACAAUAACACACCAAUCGUAUCAAACAACUCAUCUUUCGCCGCCGUGAAUGCGUCUAAGACAUCGGGUUCAACGUCGGAAGACGACGACAAAAAACCGUACAAGUGCAACAUAUGCAAAGUCGCUUACACGCAAGGCUCGACAUUGGACAUUCAUAUGAGGUCAGUCUUGCACCAGACUAGAGCUUCAAAGCUGCACGAUCUCGCGUUGGCUGGACAGGUAGACUUGACCAAACCAAUAAUCGAGCAACCGGAACAGGGCAGUAGACCACCAUCACAAAACCGACAGGACGCCGAAAGCCAAGCAUCCAGCAAAGAUGAACAACAACAACCAUUACAACUACAACAACAACAACAACAACAACCACAACCACAACCACAAAACCACCACCAAAAAGGCAACCAGCUGAGUUGUCAACGGUGCAAUGCUUUGUUUUCGAAUCAAGAUCAACUUAACACUCAUCAACAGCUGUACUGUAUGUUUGGAACUCCGAUGAAUAUGUUGCCAAUGAAUCCUACACUAGCGUUUGCGGCCAAUAAUUUGAGUGCUGCCGUGCAGGGUCCAAAAUCGCCGUCGCAGCAGAUAACGCUGACCGAAGAACAGCUGUUAAAAGUGCCAUUGGCACUCCAAGGCAAGAAGCACUCACACAUGUACAAACUUUUGGAGAGCUAUGGGUUCGAUCUGGUGAUGCAGUUCAACGAAAACCAUCAGAAGCGGAAGGAAAAUGAAAAGUUACUACAAGAGCUCACCGCCCAAAUAGAAAUGGAACAGCAGGCGAACGCUGUCAAAGAGGAAAUAAAUGAAAUAAAUGAAGAAGAUACCGGUGACUUACCAGAAGUUGCUAAGUCGACAUGCGUGCAUUGUAACAAGGAGUUCUCUAGCGUGUGGGUACUUAAAGCUCACUGUGAAGAAGUACACAAGGAUCUAGUACCUUUCGAUUUUCUUGAAAAGUACGCCAAACAGAUUAAAUGCGAAAUAGAAAAGAAAGGCAACGAACCACCGACUGUCAACACAACCAUGUCAUUGCCGUCAUCAACAUCUGUGUCUACCACUACUACGCCGACGGCCAGGAUCGGUUCGCCGUCCGAGGAUGUGUCCGUGAAGACAGAAAACGAACAAGACAUCGAAGCACAAACAGAAAAUGCCGAUUACAUGUCUAACGCGGCCACAUCGUCGACUGGUGAACCGUCCAACGUUAACAUGUCUGGUGUACCACCGAACAUCCCUCUAUCGGUCGCGCAACACUUAAAUGAAAUGCAAGCGGCAUUCAACGCGAUGGCCGCCUCACAACUAACUCAACAACUACAACAGUUUAAUCCUAUGAUGGUAGCUAGUAUGGCCGGUCUCGGCAUGGGGCUGCCUUUAGGCCUCAACAUGCAAGCGCUCGCCGCUAUGAAUCUUCAACCGCCGUUGGUUCCGAUGAUGAUGCCGCCACCAAAUUUCGAAUCCAUUAUGAGUUCGCAACAAAAUACGAUUUUCCAACAACAGCCCAACUCCAUAGACCCGACUGGAAUACUGGCUAAACAACAACAAUUACUCCAACAACAGCAACAAGUGCAACAAAAUUCGCAACAAAAACGAGCGAGGACACGCAUCACUGAUGAUCAAUUGAAAAUCCUACGUGCUCACUUUGACAUAAACAAUUCUCCAUCUGAAGAUCAAAUUCAAGAAAUGGCUAGCCAAAGUGGUCUUCCACCCAAAGUCAUCAAACAUUGGUUUAGAAAUACAUUGUUUAAGGAAAGACAGAGAAAUAAAGAUUCUCCGUACAAUUUCAAUAAUCCACCAUCGACUACAUUAAAUUUGGAAGAAUACGAGAAAACUGGGGAGGCGAAAGUGAUGCCUCUCACUCAACCGAUACCAAUAAUCGAAAACACUGACGUCAUCGUCAUAAAAGAAGCACCCAAGACACCUACAUUCGCGAAAAAGAAGCCCUUACAGACCAGCACUCCAAAUAAUAACACCGUUGUGCGAGCACAAAGCCAAACGCCCACAUUUCCACAACAACAGACAUUUGCUCAAAACUUUUCGAGACCGUUCACCACACAACCGAUGGAGUCUCCAGUGAAGAUGGAAUCACAAGUCAAACCAGAACUGAAAGAUGCCGAAACCAGUCAACCUGAAACGAAAUUUCCAUGGGGCAAUCCCGAGUCUCCGUCCAAACGUAGAGAUUCGGUUGAAGAAAAACAAAACCUGUACCUCCAUCACGACAGAGGGUCUCCUCUUGAUUUAAAUGCGGCCGAAAAUCUCACUUUGUCCUCGAUACUCACUUCUCAACAUCAAGAAAUAAAUAUGUCAAAUGCGAUUUCUACCAGCAAUAUGCUACCACCGAAAAUAUCUGCAUCGAGUUUUACAUCACCGCCACAAAUGUCGGUAACCACACAAUCUGGCCCGAGGAGCAUUAGCCCGGGUAGAUCUCCUAAUUCAUCCGAUGGGUUCCCGCAUUCAAUUAUGAUGAACCAGAGUAGCGGUGGUUCCGGUGGUUCUACUUCAUCUGGUAAACGGGCAAAUAGAACUCGUUUUACAGAUUGUCAGAUCAAAGUGCUUCAAGAGUUCUUUGAAAACAACGCCUAUCCAAAAGACGAUGACCUCGAGUAUCUAUCUAAAUUGCUGAACUUGAGUCCCAGAGUGAUUGUCGUGUGGUUCCAAAACGCUCGUCAAAAAGCUAGAAAAGUUUACGAAAAUCAGCCAGCUGUAGAACCUGCACCAGGUAUUGUUGAGGAGGGAUCAAAUCGAUUUCAAAGAACACCUGGUUUGAACUAUCAGUGUAAUAAAUGCCUGUUAGUGUUCCAGAGAUAUUAUGAACUUAUUAGACAUCAGAAGACGCACUGUUUCAAAGAAGAGGACGCUAAAAGAUCAGCUCAAGCUCAAGCAGCGGCCGCCCACAUUGCAGCUGCAUUGAGCUCCGAAGAUUCCAACUCGAGCACUGUAGAAAAUCAUCAAGGACAAAGCGCCAAUUCUAAUCCGAUGACUCCAAAUCCGACGCCGACUCCGAGUUUGACGUAUCCGACGUCACCGAUUCAAACAUCAUCUUCGCAUGACAAAGAAAAUGUUUACAACUGUGAACACUGUAAUUCGGUAUUCACAAAACUUGACCAGUGGAAAGAACAUCAACAAGUCCAUUUAAUGAACCCAAAUUUGUUUCCUACCUAUCAUCCAGAGAGCGCUUUCGGAAUUUUACAACAACAGGCACAAUUACACCAACAACAACAGCAGCUCCAACAACAACAAUCUCAGUCACAGCAGAUGAGUGGCACUUCUGAAAUGAACGCUAACCCUACAUCGUUAAUUUUGUCCAUGAUGCAACAGAAUAAUAAAAGGUCAUUUGAUGAAUUUGACGAUCAUAGUGAUAAAGAAACCGAGUUCACAAAAGACAAACGCUUGAGGACCACUAUUUUACCUGAACAGUUGGAUUAUUUGUAUCAAAAAUAUCAAAUCGAAAGUAAUCCAUCUAGAAAGAUGUUAGAAAGUAUUGCGCAAGAAGUGGGCCUAAAGAAACGCGUGGUCCAAGUGUGGUUCCAAAAUACUAGGGCCAGAGAACGAAAAGGUCAGUUUAGAGCUCAUUCGCAAGCGAUCAAUAAGAGAUGUCCUUUCUGUUCUGCCAUUUUCAAAAUCAAAUCGGCGUUAGAAUCGCAUUUGCAGACCAAACACCCGGAACAGUGUUCCAGGGGAUACAUCAACGUAGACAACAUUCCGGAUGAAGAUGUCAGUAUGGAUUCGUUUGCAUCGUCCCAAAUGAGCGAAAUUGGGCAAAAGAACCAGACGUAUGCGCCGAACCCAUAUUAUCAGAAUGCGGAUGACGUGGAAAACUUGGGUAAAAUGUACCAAGAGUCAUUGAAAAGAUACAUGGAGGAAAUGCAACAGUCAAGCAUGCAGAAUGGCGUUCUGUCCGAGGGUGGUGAGAAAACCAAACCAGAGGGAGACAGUCCGCUGGAUCUGAGCAAACCUGUGGAUUUACGUAUGGAUCAAGAACAGGACGAUGACGAAGACAGCAUGUCAGAGUGCACGGAUAUUAUGGACGACGAAAGUCCAGCGUCACCGGCGUCGAGCACUCAAAGCGGUCAGCAGAGGGUGAACGCUCCAGGUGGCAGCAGUAGCAGUCAAAACAAACGAUACCGGACGCAAAUGAGCAACGUGCAGGUGAAAGUAAUGAAAGCACUGUUUGAUGACUACAAAACCCCGACGAUGGGUGAGUGCGAGAUGCUAGGUCGUGAAAUCGGCUUGGCAAAGCGCGUGGUUCAGGUGUGGUUCCAGAACGCACGGGCCAAGGAGAAGAAGUACAAGUUGCAAACGAAGCAGAACCAAGAACUGACCGGGCCACCGGACGAGUGCAAAUAUUGUCGAUUCAAAUACACACACAAGUACUCCGUCCAGGACCACAUAUUCACCAGCCGGCACAUCGCACUGGUAAAGCAGCACGUGGAGAGCCGCAUGUCGGUGUCUGACAUGUCGGGCAACUGCAGUGACGGCGAUUUCACGGUGCCGUCCACCCCAGGCGACCCGCACAACAACAACCUGCCCAACCAGCAAGUCAACCAGCUGCAGAUGCUCCAACUGGCCGGGCUCAUUGGCCAGUCACCCGUUGCGCAGGCCGUGGCCAUGGCCACCAUAGCGAAGCUGGAUGGCAAGGACCAGUCGCAGAUGACCGCCGAGGAGCUGGCCUUGUUGCCGCACCUAUACAACUUGGGCGUGAGUUUCCAGCAAGGAUUCAUGCACCCGGGCACAGCCAUGAUGACGUCGCCAGCCGGUGGCGUUCCUAGCACCACGGCGGCCACGACCAACGGUAUGCGUACGACUGCUGUUGCAGCAGCAGCAGCCGCCGCAGCCGCCGCCGCAGCCAACAACAACAACACGUCCACGGGCACCAUGACACCAGCCGCUGGCUCGCAAGAACAUCAGCAACAGCAACAACAGACCGGCCAGUCGGGAACUCCGGUGCGGAUGCUCCAACUCGACCAGUCGGUGAUCCAAGCCAUCGCCGACCGGUGCAGGACGGUGCGUCCCGACCAGACAGCCGUGGUCGAAGUGGCGGCCACCGUGCCGGCCUCCGAACUGCCGGCCGAGGGUUACGCCAUCGACGGAGGCCGGACGGUCGGGCACGCGUGCGCCAAGUGCCAGCUGGCGUUCCCGGAUAACGGGGGCCUAGCCGCGCACCAGCAACGCGACUGCCGCACCACCGGGUCCGUGGCCCUGGCCCACCCUGCGUACGGAUGCCGAUCCUGCGGCAUCGGAGCCAACGGCGAAACCAACACGUACGGCACUGUGCACGCUCUGCGCGCACAUAUCGAGACGGCCCACCGCGGCGGUCAUUACGGCACCGCCACCUCGUCGGUCGGCCGCCACCAACACCUGCAACAACAGCAGCAGCAACACCACCACCACCACCAUCACCUUCAGCAGCAACACCAACAGCAGCAACAGCAACAGCAACACCAGCAACAGCAACUGCACAUGCAGCAGCUCCAACCGUCGCCCAACCUCUCGGACGAGAUGGAGGACGUGGUGAACCAGAUCACGGCACUGGCCGCGGCCAAGGCGGUCGGCCGCAGUCCGUCGCCGCGCGACCUCAACAGCGACUCGAACGCCAAUCUGUUUUGCGCGCCGUCCGCCGACAAGAAGUCGUCCGGUACCGCCGCCGCCGCCGCAGCCGCAGCAGCAGCCGCCGCGGCCACCGCCAAGAUGCACAAGUUCACAGCGCCGCCGGCCGCGUGCAACGUCGCGCCAGCCGUGCCGAGCAGUGGCCAAUAACUCCGACCAAUCCACGAAUCCGACCACCAUCCAUCAUCAUUUGUUCGCCGUCAGCACGCGGUCCGCAGACUUCUCCGGUUUCGCCGUCACCGCCGCCGCUGACGAUGACUACGACAAAAUAUGUUAUGUAAAACGUAUGUAAUGUGUGUAUGUAUAUUAUUAUUAUUAUUAUUAUUAUUACUAUUAUUUAUUUAUUUAUUUAUAUAUUAUUGUGUAAAACUUACCCAAAGUUCCUUUUCGACACACUCAUGUUCCUGGGGAGAGGACUUUCUUCAUUUUUUUUUUUAGUUAUUGCGAUUUUCUUGCACUCGUAUGAUAUAAUAAUACAGUGUUAUCCGUAUACGCUGCGCGUCUUUAUUCUAGUCGGGUAAACAAUUAUUGAUGAAAUAUGAUUACGAAAAAAAAAACAGUACCACGCCUCUCCCCUUUUUUGCGCGUCCCGUCUUAAAAGUUGUGUAUUAAGCAAACAAUUUCUACGGUCUUUCGUUUCCUCACUAUUUUUGUUUUCAUCUCAAAAAAGGUACGUAGUUCCUCGUAUUAAGAAAAAUCACUAACGAUACGAAAAGAAUUAAUUAUUUAUGUGUGUAUAAAAAAACAAAAAAAUACGAUAACUGAAAGUUCCUUUACGCUACUUGUUUGUUUGUUUGUUUGUUUGUUUAUUUAUUUAUUUAUUAUUAUAUUAUUACUAUUAUUAUACUAUUUAAUAGUAUUAUAUAGGUUUUUUUCUUAUUUUUUUUUUUUUAUUGACGCCGUUUAAAAAAGAUACGUGCGGUUUUUUGGAAACUACUAAUGAAAAUAUGAUAUAAUUAUAUAAAACGAAAACGUACUAAACUCGAUUGCACGAGUUAUUAUGAAACGAUGUAAAAUUUAGCGCAAUCAUUUACGGUCGCUUAGUAUUUCUUAGUAUAUGUUUAGAGUAUAUAUAAAUACGUAUAUAUAUAUAAUAUAUAUAUAGGUUUGUGUAAAUAUGAAAAGAGAGUACGGAAAGAUUAAACCGAAAAAUCAUCAUUAGGUUUUAAGUAUUGUAAUGCAUUUCUACAAUUAUUAUUAUUAUUAUUAUUAUUAUACGUUUUAGGUAGGUAAUUUUAUUUAAUGAAUAUUUAUUGUAUUCAAAAUUAUUAUUGAUAUUAAGUCAAGUAACAAACACCUCGCUAUAAUUGUGCUGUAAUAAUUUUAAUUAAUUUAAUGAAUUAGCAAUCGAUAAAUAUUAUAUAAAUAUAUAAAUAUAUUUAAAUAUAUGCCCUAUUUUAAUUGAAUAAACUCAUUAUAAUUAUAUAUAAUAUAUCAUUAAUGUUUGAAGACAAAAUAAAAUAAUAUUAUAGUAUGUUAAGGCAGUGUUUCUAGAUGUGUAAAAAGAGAAAAAAUUAACUACAUACUAACAAACUUAUUUUAUAAUAUGCUCCCCGAUCUAAUAUUGUUUUCUUUAUUCACUUGUUUCGGCAUUCUUGUGUUUCUUCGGAACGGAAAAAAAUUAUAACGUUACGACAUUAUACUCCCUCAACGGUUUGGAUUACUUUAACCGAUUUCUUUUCGACAGAUCGAUAAACUUAUAUAAAUUAUCUUUUUUUUUUCGUAUACGUAAUAAAAUGUAUACACUAUUUUUAAAAAAUUUCGGGGGGCGUGGACCGAGUGUCCUUUGAAUUGUUGGCACCAAAGGGCCCGCGAUCCCCGUUGCCCCCCGGUGGCCCCCAUAUGUCCCCAAUCGUCCCCUGCAUUGUUCUCCCCUCCUCCCCAAACAUCGCGCCCGAUAGUCACGAGUGUACUCGCCGGAACUACAAAAACGAAAAAUUAUAUUCACCUAUAUAUUUCCUAAAUAUAUCCGAUAUGAAUACAUGGUUUAUUUAUUAUCUCGUAAUAAUCAACAAACUGCGUACUAUACAACCAUUUGUUGGAUCCAAUGACCUGGACACUUCCAUUCCUCAUAACUACACGAUAUCAUUAUUUCAAUCGAUCGACGUAAGUCUUAUUGAGUUUAAAGUGUUCCGGCGGGAUAUGCGUACACAGAAUGCACCUAUAAUAAUAAUAUACCUAUUAUAUAGGUUUCCACUAAUCGAGUCAAAACACGAAAAACACAUUCGUCCCAUUGCUCCGAGACACGCGUUUCCACUUCUCACCCGCCCCACCUAUACCCCUUACCCUCCCCCCCACUCCGGAGUGAAAGAACCCGCACCAUCCUUUAAUCGACCUCCUUCUCCCCCCCUUACCCGCACCGUCCAUUCCCCCGAUCAGCAGCCGGUAGGCCGGUGAAGUCUUCGUCGCUGGGAGCGAGACUUGACGGCGCCGUCCACUGCCGCCGACGCUGCGGCCGCCGCGCACAUACUCUCCACGCACGGAGGAGCCAGUAGUUGGCGCGGCUGCAACACGGCCAGCGACGGCGGACGAGACGACGCACCCCGUCCCCGGAAAACGUUUUAGGCGCGCGCGCACCGCCCCACGCACAUACGACACAUACGACAUCCGCCCGCACGUUGGGCACUAUCGCGAGUAUUCGCCGUUCAAUUCGUCACACCGAACCUCCCCUCGUGGGCGCGAGCGCGCGACAAGAUGAAAACGGUAAAACGAGAAAAACUACGAAAAGCAAAAAAAAAAAAAAACUUAAACAGCGAUAUCUAUUGUCGCGCCCUCCGCGACAACCGAUAUCCACUCCCAGCAUUCAAGGUUCCUAUAUUUAGCUGACAUAUGUACUAAGGUUCCUGUUUUAUUAUAUAAAAAAUAUUAUUAUUAAUAUAUAAUGAAUAAAUUUAAUUAAAUGAUAAUGAUUAUAUAUUAUAUAUUAUACAUUAUAAUAAUUAUUAUUAUUAUUAUAUAAUUAUAACAUAAAAACAAAAAAAAGUUUUAAGAAAAGUAUAAAAUUAAUACUAAUGCUUUUUUUCUAUAAAUAUAUAUAAAAAUAUAUAUUUAAAAUUAAAAAAAAAAUAAAAUUAUACAAAAAAAAAACAAAAAUAAUAACGAUUAACAUUUGAUUAAUUACGACUAUUUUAGUAGUAUUAUUUUAUUAUUAUUAUUAUUAUUAUUAUUAUUAAACGUCUAAGGCAAACAAUUAUAUGAAUGUAUCAUUUUACUAUUAGAGUUAUACUAAACGUGUGCAUUGUUGGUGUUUUUGUUUCUCUUUUUUUAUUUGAAUAUUAUUUUUUGUUUUUAUUUAUAGUUUGUCAUAAUACCGUAUACAACCCAGCCCCGUACGCAUACAUGUAACAGUCACGUCCUCACCCCCCCCCCUCAACACCUACCCAAAGUAUACAAUCACAAAAAUCGGUCAUUUUAUAACAUAUAUUAUUGUAAAUUGUAAUAAAGUGUAAUAUUAUCUGGCUCCCGGUCUCCACGGUGGCGUUGACAUCGUCCGUCGGACAUAUUAUUAUCAUGUUACGUUUUUGAUUUCUGUCUAACUAUUUUUUUAGCCUGUUUUGUAUAUCGCAAUAUAAGGACAAACGCAAUAUCGAUUUUUGGAAUUGUUUUUUUUUCAUUUGUAUUUUUUUUUCCUAUUCGAAAUAAUAUAAUAUGUUAAUUAUAAUCACCACCUACGAUAACGUACGAAUUGUGUAUGUGCGUAGGUAACCUAUGUACUCGUAAUAUUAUAAUGUAUUAUUAUUGUGAUUAUUGUUUUUCCACGAUGUUGUUAUAGUGUAAGUAGGUACCUACGUCAACCGCCGCCGUGUAUUAUUUUUUCUUUACCCCCGGUGAGUGCGUGUAUAUUAUACGAACGAUGUGCCGGUCUCGUCGAGUCCAGUCACAAUAAUAUUACACGUCGGUUCGUAUAUAUACAUCGUCACUCACAACACCCUCCGAGGAAACUCCUCCAUUCCCGCCACCCGACCAUCCCCUACGUGUAUGCUCCUAUAUUAUGUACUAAUGUAUUUAUUUGUCGUUUGACGGAAUAAUAAAAUAAAAAGAUAAAAACCCACUGCGGUAUCACACAAUGUUUUACACGAUUCUUGUAUUAAAAUUGUAGUCUACAAAUUUGGUCUAAACAA